AUGUGUGUCUUCACCUUCGAGCACCCGGGGAACGAAGUGGUGGCACGCACCAUGAUACAGAGGCAGAUUACGACCCUUGGCCAGGAACAGCAACAGCUCGAUAGAGCCUCCCAACAGGCCAUCAACCAACUCAAGCUUAUCAGGGCCCAGCUGAAGGUGCAGCAGGAACGCAUAGUCAAGAAUCAGGAAUCCAUUGACCGCUCUACUGCGAAAACGAGGAGUGCGCAGUCGGUUGUCCGCGAGUCAUUGCAGGAAUGUCUUUCGGAACUAGACUCGAUCAGAACCAAUCGUGUGCAGCUCGAAGGCCACGAAGACAUCGUUGGACAGGGAGAAGAGGCAGGGGAAACCAGCCAAGGACGCAUUCGCAAGAGGAAGCGAACAACGUCAUUGGAUGCCGCUGGUGGCGAGCACUCUGCAGCGUUCUCGACGGACCGGAUGAAGUCGCAGGGCCCGUUGCCAGCGGCACUGUUCUCUAUGGCGAACCUGUCGUGUGCGUUGUCCCUCCCUGCGUACCCCCAGCUGUUCGACGCGAACGGGGGCCGCAGGAUCGACAACGGUGUGCUGCUUCCGGCGUACGGCCCACCCCCAUCCUCGGAUGCACACCAACGCCCUCCGUGA